AUGAUGUUUGGGACACUUAUAACCAUAGCGGGGAUUGUUGCAAAGAGGGACAGAUCAAAGGAUGCAUGGGAAGGAAUCAAGAACCUGCUACCUUACUGGUCUAUUGCUGAAGACAAAGAAGGUAAGAAGAUGAUGGAGAUUUUGAAGUUUAGCUAUGAUGAUUUGCCUAACAAAAUGAAGCCUUGCUUUCUAUAUCUUGGGGUGUUUCCUGAAGAUGAAAAGAUUCAGGUGAGAGACUUGAUCCGUCUAUGGAUUGCAGAAGGGUUCAUAGGGCCAAUUCAAACUAGAAGAUCAAAAGAAGCACCACCAGAACCUGAAGAUAUUGGUGAGCAAUACUUGAGGGAGAUGGUGGAUCGUAAUUUGGUACAAGUAGCAAGGAGAAGCAGUGAUAGGAAAGGCGUGAAAACAUGUAAGAUCCAUGAUCUCUUUCGGGAACUAUGCAUAUCAGAGAGCAACAACCCUGAUAACAACACUAACAAUGCUCGUAGACUAUUGUCCUUUCCUAGCACAGUAGGAUCCUAUACCUGUUCAUUAGAGACGUGCAAUAAAGAAUCCACUCAUUCACUAUUUUUUUAUGAAGAUGCACGAGGGUGGUCACAGCAUAUUCCAGAAAACCUCCGAGUUAAUGUGCUAUCUUUUUCGAAAUGGGCUCGGGUUAGUUCUUCAACAAGUGCUGAGUAUUUGAAGAGUUUGACACCCCUCCGGUACUUGAAAAUGGAAGUUAAAUUAGAUGGAUUAUGUGACUUUCACAGUUUGGAAACAUUACAUGUAUUGUACACUAGUUUGAAGGACCUAAGAAUUGGAGGGUUAAAGCAACUGAGACAUCUUCAUUGUGAAUUUCUGGUGAGAUUGUUAGUAGAUGAACAAGAAGUACAAGAUAAAAUGCAGAAUCUCCAAACACUAUGCUAUGUGUAUGCCGAUUCAAAACUAGGGAGAUUACUAGGUGAUGAUUACUUUCCCAACUUGAGAACACUCGGGUUACAUAUAGCUUUAGACCAACAUGAACCAGCAGAAGAAAUCUUAAGGAGCCUACAUCGCCUGAAAAAACUAAUUAAGCUGAAGCUUAUGUUUUCUGUGGUUAAUUGGGUUCCAUUAGACACAAUUGCAUUUCCGUCAACUCUUACCAAGAUUACAUUGUCACGCUUUGCGUAUUUCAAGUCAAAAGACAUGAAUACCUUGGGACGAGUUCCAAGACUUCAAGUUUUAAAAUUUAAAAUUGGAUAUUGUACGGAACAAACUCUUGAUUGUGGUACUGCUGGGAGUUUUCCGGAGCUUCAGGUGUUGAUCAUGAUAAGGGUGGAUGUUAGAUAUCUUAUAUCCAAAGAUGGUGCAAUGCCUCGUCUUCGACGUGCUGUCUUCUGUGACUGCCCUCACUUAAAAGGAGGUUACUAA